AUGGCAUCCCUUGCAACACCUUCAGACGACGGUACCUUGCGUCACGACUCGGCGGCCUCUGCGCGACAGGUUCUCAGACAGCAGCAACAAAAUGCUCCGGCCCUGUCACUACCGGUAACAGGCUCGUCCUUGGAUGGAUCCGACCGCCGCGGCUUACCAUGCAGUAACCCCCACCAGCAAGCGUGGCCGACAUACUGUCAGGAUCCGGCCAACUCUUUGCAUUCUCAGCUGUUAUCCCUCGUGGAAUGGCUCGGCUCCGUUCAAGGACGUGGCGUCCUGAAAUGUACCUUUGCAUAUACGGUUGCGAGCCUGGCGACGUUUGUUGGGCCUCUGUCAGACUUCCUCGGCAGACCAGACGGAAAGCAUGUUGUGGCCACCAUCACCGUGUACUUUCAUGCGGCACGAUCUGCCGGAUCCAUGAUUGAGGCCAUCUUCAUCGCAAUCGCCGCAAUUGCCUACGCUGAGACUGUAUCCAUCCUAUCCAUGGUGGCCUCUGUCCUGGUAGGGUCAAAGCUAGGAUUGGUGACUCUGGCACACGUUUUGGUGGUAACCAUCUUCAUAGGAGGAGGCUUUGGGUUCAUGGGCUGGGUCAAGCAGCGCAUGGACAACCCGCUUGUCAAUGUGGGAAGCACCCUAGCAUCCAUAGCCAUCAUCGCUGUGGUGACAAAGGAGAGCGCCGUCGUUUCAAACGUCUUUUCCAACCAGAAACUCACCCAAGUCCUCAAGAUGCUCAUCAUGGGCAUUACCAGCGCGGCCGCCGUCAACUUGUUGAUAUGGCCCGUGUCCGCGCGGACGCAGCUACGAGGUUCAAUGGUGCAGGCAUCGGCUGCUCUUGGCGAUGUGCUGGCCUCUGUGAGUGCCAGCUUUCUCCGCGGUGACGCAGGGCACGACGACCCGAGCGAUAUAUCCAGAGCCUCUUUAUCUUAUGCGCAGACGCAGGCGACCCUCACCAGGAAUCUCAGGGAGGCCAAGUUUGAGCACUACUUUCUCGGGCGAGAAAAAGUUUACGCCGUCGAAAGGACCAUUGUUCAGGCGAUUGAGACGCUGGCACAAUCCAUCGGUGGGCUCAGGAGCGCAGCCAAAACGCAGCAGACGCUCCUCAACAGCAGUGCGGCGAACCCUUCGUGCGGACCCUCGGCCCUUUUCGCCACCUUUACCGACUUGAUUCGACCCUCAAUGCAGGGUCUGACAGAGGUUCUCUCACGACUUCUGCACGAACCCGUGUUUGGAGGACCACCACACUACGAAACUCGACCAAACGGCUUCCGACCCAUUUUGACAGAAAAUUUGGCACUGUUCACCGACGCCCGAGUCCAUGCGCUCCGGAAUAUUUACGAUUUAGCGGCACGAAAAGUCUUUCACGAUGACUCGAGCAGCAUCAAGUUGGAGGAGAUGGCUGCAGCCUGUGGACAUUACAGCUUCACUCUGCAGUCGUUUGCAGAGGAGAUGCAAAAGUACCUGGACUUGCUGGAAGAUCUGCGAUAUGUCAGCGACCACUCUAAGAGAAGUUGGAGAUGGCUGUUGUGGUGGACCGAAACUACCCGAGAAUACAGCUUAUCCGCGCUGCCCUUUGAGUCGACGGAGUCGGAGGCUUUGGUCAAGCCUAUCAAGAAAUCGUUGGUGCUGAACGGGAUUCCCGCUCCGAUUUUGGAGCAAAGAGACACGUACAAGAGGCAAGCUGCCGCCAAAGAAAACAGAGUCCUAGCCAGACUGUCACAGAUGGCAUUGCGAUUGUUGCAAAGCAUGGCUAGAGACGACAUUUUGUUUGGGAUCAAGGUAGGAAUCGGUGCAUCCUUGUGGGCGAUGAUUGCCUUCUUGGACGAGACUCGGCCGUGGUACAACCACUAUCGCGGAGAAUGGGGGUUACUGUCCUUUAUGAUUGUUUGCUCAAUGACGGUUGGGGCAUCCAACACGACGGGAUGGGCCAGGUUCCUUGGGACGUUCCUCGGCGCCGCAUUUUCCGUCAUCAACUGGAACCUUAGCCAGGGGAAUGCCGUGGCUCUUGUAGUACUCGGGUGGUUUGUCAGCUUUUUCAACUUUUACCUCAUCGUGGCUCGCGGCCAAGCACCCUUGGGGAGGAUGACGAUACUUGCGUACAACGUGUCAACCCUUUACGCCUACAGCCUGAGCCAAAGGGUGGACGAGGACGACGAAGACGAGGGCGGCGCCCAUCCGCUCAUCAUGGAGAUUGUCAAGCAUAGAGUGAUUUCCGUCAUGGCCGGCAUCGUGUGGGGUCUGAUAGUGUGCCGGCUGAUAUGGCCCAUCUCGGCGCGCAGAAAGUUCAAGGAAGGGGUUUCCGUGCUGUUUCUGCAGAUGGGGCUCAUCUGGAGGCGAGGCCCGUUGGCGAUUCUCCUGCGCAGCGACUGUUCCAGCAGCUAUCUCGAGUCGGGCGAGCAGGCGGCCUUGCGGCGGAGCGCCGACGGGCUCGAGAGCCUCCGAAACUCGGCGGCCAGCGAGUUUGAGCUACGCGGCCCGUUCCCCCUUGAGGCCCACGGCCGCAUCAUGCAGAGCGCAAACAGAAUCCUCGACAGCUUCUUCGCCAUGAGCCUGGUGACGCAACCGAGGGGCAGGCUGUCGAGCGGCGAGAGGGCCCUCCUGGAGUUUACGUCGGAGGAGCGCGCCGCGCUGUGCGACCGCGUGUGCCACAUCUUCCAGGUCCUAGCGAGCUCCAUCACGCUCGAGUACCCGCUAACAGAUGUGGUGCCGAGCAUCGCGGCCCUGCGGGACCGGCUGCUGAGCAAGGUGUUCCGGUUCCGGGCGGAGAAGGCAAUGGCGGCGGCGGCGGCGGCGGGGAUUCAUGUGAGCGAGCGGGACUACGCCUUGCUGUAUGCGUACGUGCUGGUGACGGGGCAGGUGGCGGACGAGCUGCGUGUUGCGGCGGCCGAGGUCGAGGGCUUAUUCGGCGCGUUGCACGACGAGCAUCUGCUGUAG